AUGUUCUUCUCCAUGGUGCGCCUUUCCCUGAUGGCAGCAGGUUUCCUCUUACCUAUCCAUGUCCAAGCCGUGGCGUUCAGCGUCGACAGCUUCGAAGGCAUCGCCGUUGGCAAACCCAUGAGCCUCAGCUGGUGGGGUGAUAAGACCCCAGUCACCAUCAAGUUACUCCAAGGACCCCCAGAGGCACUCGAGGCAGUGGUGACCAUCGCACCCAACCUAGCGGGAGACUCGUACACCUGGACGCCGACGACCAUUCCAGCCGGCACGUACGUUCUCUCCAUCACACAAGGAACCGAAACGAACUACUCCCCCCAAUUCCCUGUCGCCGGCACCCCCGCCCCUGCCUCCGCCGGCGCAAAGCCUGUGACCAAAGCUGUACCCCCAGUGGCCACCGGUCAUGUCCUCCCGCCCGCUUUGAUCGCCGCUCAUUACCCCCCCGCCGGUUACGACAAUGGCAGCAGGGGCAUCUGCGCGCCUGACGCGUCCGGAAAUGGCACCUCUGCCGCUUUCCCAUGCGAUUCGAGCGUCGAGCGGACUUUGGGCCAUUUUCCGCGCUCCGUGGCUGGGAUCGUCAGGACCGGUGGGGCUAUUGGUGCUGCGGUGGUGGGAAUGGCUUUUGCGUGUAUGUUGGUGCUUUAG